CAAUUUCCCGACUUUGAUUGUACUGCUAACUGCUAGCAAUCAAUUGAUUCAAUUCUAAAAGUAAAGAACAAAGCAAUUUCCCAACUCUCUCUGCUCGCAUCAAAAUUUUUAAUCAUUUUUUAAUCACAAUUAGUGACUGGCUAAACAGGCUUCUGGGUCACCGUUGAUGUUGUUGCAGUGAGAGGUGUUUAGAGGUUGGAGCUGUGGAUUUAUUUGUUAAUGGCGGAUUUGGUAGGGCCUAGAUUGUACAGCUGUUGUAAUUGCAGAAACCAUGUUUCCCUUCACGAUGAUAUAAUUUCCAAGGCUUUUCAGGGAAGACAUGGCCGAGCUUUUCUGUUCUCCCACGCGAUGAAUGUCGUUGUUGGGGCAAAAGAAGACAGACAUCUCUUAACUGGUCUGCACACUGUUGCUGAUAUCCACUGUGGUGAUUGCCGUGAGGUGUUGGGAUGGAAGUACGAACGAGCUUAUGAGGCAUCGCAAAAGUACAAAGAAGGGAAGUUCAUAUUUGAGAAGUCAAAAAUUGUGAAGGAAGAUUGGUAGCAAAGGGUCCUGCCAUUUGUUCCGGAUUGCUGUAAUUAAGCUAAGUGUACCAAUAUGCAGUUCCUAUAUGUGUAGUAUUUGUGUUUGUACAGAAACUUGGCAUUCCUUGACAUUCUAUCAUUGUUUUGUGCGGUUUGAUUCUUGCCGUCUGCUUUGUGCAAACGUUGUAGAUGGAAAUCAUCGAUCAUCAAAUUUAUUUGUAAAUAAACUAUGGCAUUUCUCAAGUAUGCUCUUUUCUUGUAAUAUAAUCACUAAUCAGUUCUA